GUAUGCUACGCCGUCGGUCGACUAGUAGGUCUAAAAAGAUCUUGACCGUUAAAAAUGUAUUCCAACUUUUGAAAUUCUUUCUCAAUGACGUCAUUUACCACCAACAGAUGUCGCCCUUUUUGUAUUUCUAAACUUGUAGGCAUUUGAGAAUGAGUUUUAUUGAAGAUAGGGCGUCUGCCAAGGAGCUGGAUCAGUGGAUAGAACAGCUUAAUGACUGUAAACAGUUGUCAGAAAAUCAAGUCAAAACUUUGUGUGAAAAGGCUAAGGAGAUUUUAUCAAAGGAAUCAAAUGUUCAAGAAGUAAAAUGUCCAGUAACAGUUUGUGGGGAUGUUCAUGGCCAGUUUCAUGAUCUCAUGGAACUGUUUCGAAUUGGAGGCAAAUCUCCAGACACAAAUUAUUUGUUUAUGGGAGAUUACGUGGAUAGGGGCUAUUAUUCAGUUGAAACUGUUUCUUUAUUAGUUACUCUUAAGGUUCGUUUUAAGGACAGAAUCACAAUUUUGAGAGGUAACCAUGAAAGUCGUCAAAUUACACAAGUGUAUGGGUUCUAUGAUGAAUGUCUUCGUAAAUAUGGCAAUGCAAAUGUAUGGAAAUAUUUUACAGAUUUGUUUGACUACUUACCUCUGACUGCUCUUGUUGAUGGUCAGAUCUUCUGUUUGCAUGGAGGUUUGUCACCAUCUAUAGAUACCUUAGAUCAUAUUAGGGCUUUAGAUAGAAUUCAAGAAGUUCCACAUGAGGGACCUAUGUGUGAUCUACUUUGGUCUGAUCCUGAUGACAGGGGAGGCUGGGGAAUCUCACCUCGUGGUGCUGGGUACACAUUUGGUCAGGACAUUUCAGAGACCUUUAAUCACAGUAAUGGUUUAACUCUAGUCUCUAGGGCUCACCAGCUUGUUAUGGAAGGUUACAACUGGUGUCAUGAUAGAAAUGUUGUAACUAUAUUUAGUGCACCCAACUAUUGUUAUCGUUGUGGUAAUCAAGCUGCCAUUAUGGAAUUGGAUGAUGCCCUAAAGUACUCCUUUUUACAAUUUGAUCCUGCUCCAAGAAGAGGAGAACCACAUGUGACUAGGCGAACUCCAGAUUAUUUCCUGUAAAAUUCAAUGGAUUGAUGGGGAGGACAAGUGUUGCUUCAAGACUGGGGCUGCUGUAUUCACUCAACACAACCAAAACCAGUGGUUAUUGGUUUGUGAAAUUUGUCUUUAAAUACUAGCAGCUUAUAGUGGUUAUUUAUUUUAUUUUUCAACUAGUGUUGUUGUUUCAAGUCUUGUCAUGCGAUAUCAUGCAAAGUGAAUUCUCUCUCAGAAUUAACAAUUGAGAUGUAAUUGUUCCCUUUUGUAAGACAUUUGUAUUUGUUUAUACAAGCUGAUUUAUUCCACCAGGCCUGAAAGUGUUGGUUAAACAUAUCCAGGUUGUGUGACAAUACACAUUUUUUUUAGUUUUGUUUUUAUAAUGUAAGACAAAUUUCAAAAUGAGUAAUGUAAAUGUGGUAUGGAUGAGUUAAUGACCUCAUGACUGUUGCUGUGUUCUAUUUAGCACAAGAACAAAGAAGCUUAAUGGUUUACCUUGUGUAUAUGUACAACCUAAAUAGUUUUAUUUUCAAAGCCAUUGUUUUUAUAAACAAAAUCACACGUUAAUUUCAUGAUAUAGGUAAGAUUUAUAUUAUUAUUUUUAAAAAUAUUUUUCUUUUAUUAUUAAAAAAAAAUGGGCUGAUAUUGUGCUUUCACUUCAAUCUAGAACUUUGACACUUGGAUGAUCAGUGAGACCUGCAUUAGUUCUCAUUUAGUUGUUUGUCAUUGAAGAAAGAUAUGAACUUGAUUGGGAGUGUUAUGUCCUUUAUAAUUAUUUUUUUAAAUCUGUAUAAAUUUGUGUUUUCUGUCAAAUCAUUUUUUUUUUAAAUAUCACAAUUAUUAGAAAACUGAAUGUUUAGUUAGCUGUUCCCAUUUCUUUCUCUUGCUGUUCUUGUUGCAAUUUUGAAUUGUUUCUAUUUAUUGAUACAGCAAAAUGUCACUAUUUUCUAACCCUCCUUGACAUACACAACCAAACUAAACUUUGAAGUAUUGCUGCUAUUACUGAAGUCCUCUCUGUUCCUCCUGUCCAUUGGACACUUUCUCUGACUAGCACAAAACUAACUCUACCUUGUCCCUGCUUGAGAAGGAACUCUUAGUGUAUCGUCUCUCAUGUUUUCUGUGUCACUUUGUUUCUUGCUCCCAUAGUGUGAAGAAUGCCCUGCAUGAUUUCAUUCUAGUAAUGUCAAAAGACAAACCAAGGAAAUGUAAACAUUGUACAAUUAAAAAAAAAAAGAUGUGGACACAAACUUUGAGUGAUUUGUGUUAUUCAAGUGUUUAUUAUAGAAAGUAUAAUAAAGUCAUUGUCAAUAC